UCUCUCGUGGCGACCAUGAAAAGAAUCUACCCACCAGGAAUUUACUUUGUUAAUAAAUGACUGCACGAAGGCGUUUGUAGCGUAGAGGGCAUUUUAAAAUAGUAAUAUGGUAUAUGGAGCUUACUGAAGGUCCUUUGUGCCCCUCUGACCAUAGUUUGUUUACAAACAGAAGAGGCGCGCGCAGGAGCACCUGGCUUAAGCCGAACUGUUUGGGGCAUCUCUAGACGCUCUAUUUCACACAGUUACAAAGCCUCUUCGGGUAUUUAACCUUCUGAAACACCCCUAGCAUCCCGCACUUCCUAAAAAAUCAGCCAAGGCGCCAUUUUCUGCAGCCAGGGUGGCGUUGGUCACGGUGAGUCCUGAAGCACAUUAUCCUCGGCACCGUUGCCGAUUUGUGGUGCCGUCGUCUUGUGAUGGUGUAGCAACUCUUGUACCACCUGAUGCCAGGCCUCAGUCUAGUGCAGUCAGUUUACAAGUAUGCUGAGGCUGGUCACCUUCCUGGGAAAGAAUUAGCUACUGUUUUAGUCAAGGGAGAUUGCUGCAUACAAGUGCAAAGAUGGAAGGGACACGGCAUCCCCAUCAAGCAAUGCAACCUAUGUCGCCAGUGCCAUCAUGGCAACAACAACAGUACCAGCAGUCAGGGCAACAGUACCAGGAGCCAAGACUGGGGCAACCAUAUCAACAGCCAAGAUUAGGGCAACAGUACCAGCAACCAAGAUUUCCACAGAAUUAUCAACAGCUCGAAUUUGAACAACAGCAUCAUUCAGGACUAGGUCAACAGUACCAGCAAUCAGGAUUAUUAUCUCUGCCACAAGAACUUGGAUUGGCUCAAUUUCAACCUAUGGGAUUUGGACGCCAGCACCAACAACCAAGGUUAGUGCAACCAAGACCAAGUGAGGAAUUUCCUCAUAUAUUUCAACACCUUCAAAAGCAGCAGCAGAGUCAGCAUACUUAUGAUGACAAACAGCUUGGUCAUGUAAGCCAACGGGUCAGUAUUGAGGAUCAACAGCGGUCUAUUACCCCUAAUCCUGAGCAACAAAAAGAAGCAGAAAUAAUGUCACUAUGGAAAGACUUACAACAUACCAGUAAGAAAUCUGUGGUCUCAAUGCACCCAUCACUUGAUAUACGCCAUAAUGAAGAAGCAGUGUCCUCAGCUAAUUACAGUGCACAGCUGUCACCAUAUUCUCAGAGUACAAUUAAAGAUACAGAGCCAACUAAGGGACUUAUGUCUCAAGAGAGACCAGUAGAUAUGGGUAUUAAUAUUCCCAUUGGUCUGCACUGUAUUCCUCCUGUCAGCCGAUCUUCCAUUGAUGAUGUAAAUCUAAGCAACAUGGCUCCACUUGAACUUUCUGUUAAUAGACAUGUUGCACCUCUUCCCACUUCAAGUGGCCUAAUAGUCAAACCAUUAAGUCUCAAGACAUCUCAUUCUUUAAGCAGUUCUCAUGACUUUACACGUUGUGACUUCUCAGAUAUUGCUAAUUUAAGUAGCGGCAUGAAUGAUCCACCAGAAGGACAGCCUGGAAAUCCACAACCUGAUGAUUACAGCAGAUCAGCAGGUCAUCUAGACCCUGCUUUGCAUCGUGAUUCAAGACCACUAAUUCGUGAGAAGAAUGCUGAAUUACACCAUGAGUGCAACCCACCCCCUGGCCAGUUAGAAACUGCUGCAUGUGAUGACUCAAAUAUGUCAGACAAUCAGCUAGUUUCUGCUGUUCCUGACGAUUCCAACCCUUCUGACAGUCAGCUAGACUCCGCUGUUCCUGAUGAUUCAAAUCUUUCUGAUGAUCAGCUUGAUACUGCUGCCCGUGAUUAUUCCAAUCCAUCAGUGGAUCAGCUUGACUCUAUUGUUCGUGAUGAUUCUAACCAAUCAGUUGAUCCCCUAGACUCCGUUUCCCGGGAUGAUUCCAGUUCUCGAGUUCAUUCACUGAAAACUGAGCGUGAGGAUUGCAAGCCACCAAUUGUGCCACUAGACAUUGUUGUUCGUAAUGAAUGCAGCUCGUCAGUUGAUCCAUUGCAAUCUGUUCAUGAUGAUUCAAACCCAUUAGUUGAUCCAUUAGACUCAGUUGUUCGUGAUGAUUCCAAUCCAUCAGUUGAUCAGCUAGAAUCAACUUUAUGCAGUGAUACAAGUUACCCAGUUGGCUCUUCAAAGGGGCAUUCAAGGUGUGUAUCCAUGGAAGAUUCUGGCCAAUCAGAUGCACAAGGGUCUGUAUUGCCUAGUGGAACUAAUGUACCACAUAAACAGACAAUUGUAUCAAGUGGAGGUUCCAGUUCAUCAAAUGCAAAAUUAGAUGCAGCUUUACUAGACAAUUCAGGUUCUGCCAUUAACCUAUCAAAGAGUCGAUCACGGCCAGAAUUUUUGAACAGCUCGGCAGGCCGACUAGAAAGUGAUGGUCAUGAUGGCUCAUACUCUUCAGAAAGACCUCUGAAAGGUGGCACACUUAAUGCAUUGAGGGAUGCUUCCAUCUCUUCAGGCUGUCAAGAGUCUCCAAUUAUAAAUUAUUCCAGCUAUUCACGCAGUCGACUGAGAGAGGGUUCUCCCCAGUCAGACCCUCAGACAAGGGCUGAAAUGCAAGACAAUUCCAAUUCCUCAGAUAAUCUGCCUAAAAACUCUGUGAAAGAUAAUUCUGAAUCCAUCUCUGAUAAUGCAGUAAAGACUUCAGUAUAUGAGGGUUCCAAAGCUAGCUCAUUAGAUAAGCAACACAGAACUUUGGAACAAGAGAAUUCUAAAUCUGAGGUGUUGGAUACUGCACCUAGAACUUCAAGAAAACAGGGCUCCAGCCAGUCAGGUAUUCAGAUGAGUGCAACUGAAGAUUCAAACUUAUCAGAUGAUCAACAUAAAACUGAACAGUUUCACACUGCAAAGUCACCUGACAGUCAGAUAGUCUCUCCAUCUCAUGAUGAUUCACAUUCAUUAGAUUCUCAGGCAAGACGUGCAUUACCAGAUGAUUCCAAUUCGUCAGAUAAGCAAGAAGCUUUGCAUGCCGUUUCCAGUUCGUCAAAUGAUCAGUCAGAAAAUACAUUACUUAAUUCCAACCUGCCAGAUGUUCAAACUAAUAGUUCUAGCUCUCCAGUUGAAACGCCAGAAAACGAGACAAGACCUAAAUCUCCUGGUAAGCCUAGGUAUAGGAAAGACCUGCCACAAAAAGUGCCAGACACUUCCUUGUCCAACUAUAUGAGCCCAUCACAUGAUUCAUCAAGCAAUGAGCCAUCUUCAUUUGAUGAGAAAGACACUGACAAACAUGGGCCUAAAAUCACCAAAGGGCUUAAGCCUGCUAUAAGUGUAAGGCAGGUAUUAGAUGAUUCAGCACAUUCCCCUCUUGAAACUGAAAAAGCAAAAAAUAUUAAUACCACUGCUAAUUUGGCAGUUAAUGCUGAUGGUGGUUUCCAUUUUGUAGAGAUUCAGCAUAGACCAACAAAGGCUAGUAGAAAAAUGAUUGUUGAUCCUUUGCCAGAGGACCCAUUUAACAACCUUCAAUCCAAGUCACCCCGUCGUUCAGUAACCCCAGAGGAUAUUGCAGUUGAGGAUGAUGCUGAUGUACAAAGGUUACCAUCCAACAAAAAGCAUGUCCAAGAAAUCUCUGCUAAUAAAAGUAUUGAUUCUGUAACUGUCAGUAGUAGUGAUGUUCCUAAUAAUGCUCCUAAUAGAAACAGUGGUAUGCCCGAGGUUCUUCCAAGCCAGGAUAAUGAUGCUGAAGAACUUUUAGUAGAAGAGGAUGGCCUUUUGGAUGAUGAUGAUACUACACACUUUUUCGAGGAAAACCAUGUUUAUGUUGGUGAAGAACAUGUAGAAGCAACAUGUCAUGUGUGUGAAUCCAAUGUUAAGUGUGCUGAUUUUAAGUCUCAUCUUUUCUUCGGUCACCUCCAGUGUGCAUAUUGCAAUAGAAGAUUGGUGGGAUGUGACAUGCUUCAAGAUUUAGAGGAUCCUAAAAAAGCUGUCUGCAAGAAAAGUGCUUCAGGAAGGCAUAGCUUUAAAAAUUGGACACUUGAUCCCAUUGAAUUUCUGGCAUAUUAUAUAAGAAAGGAACUGGUGAUAAAAAAGUUUUGUGCAGGCUUAAGUGGUCCACCAUCAGCUGCAGAAAUUGUUGAGGAAAUAGAAUCUUACAUGGCUAAGUUAGCUUCACUUGAGGACUAUGCCCCAUGGAAAGCAGCUAUUAUGAAAUGUCAUAAAUACACCACUGACAGAAAAUCAGGCAAAUCAACAACUAAACAACCAAUCAACACCACUACCAAACCGACUGUAAUUCGAACAUCUGCUACAACCGGACGCUCUUCAGAAGGGUCAGCAGGACGCCCCAGUAGCACCUACCUACCAACUGAAAAAACUAAUUAUACACCUGUAAGGAGCACAAAUCUAUCAGUAAAUUUGCCAUCACCUGCUUCAGAAUCUGGAAGUGGCCAGGAUUAUGAGUCAGAGAAAUCAAAGAGGUCUGGAACUGUCCUGCUGCAUAGUCUUAGUGCUGGUCUUAAGAAAACAGGGAGAUACGAAACACCUUCUCCAAAGAAACAAACAAAACCUCUUAAGAUUUGUAGCUUGAAAAAUAUUGUUGUACAAGCCCCAAUAAAUGGCAACUAUUUGGUGGUACAUUUCCCAAGUCAACCAUGUCCGGAAAACUGUCCAAAUUGUUACUGUCAGUUUGAUCCCUCUGCUGUUACAGUAAACUGUGUCACCUCUGUCAUAACAAACAAAUGUGAAAAUUGUGAUUUAACUAUCUUUGUUCUUCAAGACCCACCUGACGGAUCUGUGCAAAAUGUUAAGUUUCGAAAUAAAAGGAAAGCAGCAUACAAAUUCACCGGUCCAGAAUCAAAGAAGAAACGGAUGCAGUAGGCAUACCCUGUACAGAAUACAGUAAUACAAUUUUUGGAUCAGUGUGGAUGACAUUAGACAUGUAGUUAGUCUAUAGUCUCGCCACAUUUUUAAUGUCUUACAUAAAAGGACAAAACCUAUUUGAAAAUGUAUAUUAACUAUGUUCAUUGCUGGUGGAGUUAUUAUUCCUCAGUUCAUAAUGUUAUGCAAUGCAUGUAAAUAAAAUAGAACAGCAUACCUGAAGUGCAGUCAAUGUUAUAUUUGACAGACUUUUCACAUAAAAUUUUAAAUGCUUUAUGAUUAUUUUCAGAAUUAUAGGUUUGUAGCCUCUGAUUGGAUAUGUCCACCCACUUUAGUUAUUUACCUUUGUGUAUUUUCAAAAUCUGAAUCACAGAUUAAGGACAGUUAUGUUCCCAAGGACAUUGACAACAGUUGAAGGAAUUUUAAAUUAAUUGUGCCGUUUAUUUAAAUAAUGCCAGUAACCUUGUGUAGAUAGAACAUUAACUUAUAUGGUAUAUAUAUCUAUAUAUAUAUUAUAUAUAUAUAUAUAUAUAUAUAUAUAUAUAUAUAUAUAUAUAUAUAUAUAUAUAUAUAUAUAUAUAUAUAUAGAAUAUAAAAAUAUGUAUAUGCAUAUAUAUACAUUUUUUCCUUUAAGACUAGUUGGGUCACCUGUUGAAGCACUACCAUGAAAAAAGUAAACAGGAGGGCCCUUUCUCCCAAAGUUUAUUCUGUCACACUCUUAAACCUCACAUUGUCCAUGCACGGAGCACUUAUCAUGGUCUCUUCCUUGUGCAUUUCUUUUUGCAUUCGUGCUUUGACAAUCCUUCUCCUCAAUUAUUGAAAAUUUUCUGCAGGAAAGUGACUACAUCACUAAUGUGACUUAGAUUUCUUUAUCAUGUUUUGUGUUGCUGCAUUCUUUAUAAAAGAAUCUAAAUGUGUUAAGAUAGUCAGUGGCUGAAAGUGCUCGAAAAAGAUUGUGUGGCCAUCUUUUACAUUUAGAGGGAACAAGGUACCGGAUAUUUUUCUUUUCUGAACACGUCUUAGGAAGCAUAUUACUCUAAAUUCCAUGGUCCAGGAUCACUUUGUGCAAAACUGUUCGCAGUAUGAUUGGGUAGAAAUGACAGUAAAAUAGCUUGCUACUAUCCUGGAUUUGAUGUGUACUUUGUUGUGACAGCCAGGCACCUACAACUGUUUUGCCCAACUUGAGCUUUGGUAGUUUGGAAAAUGAGCAUUUCUUCCUUCAAGAGUCCUUAUUUUAUACAAAAAUAGUAUUAGUAUAAAAUGGUAGGGUUAAGGUAUUUAGUCUGUGAACAAAUAAGAUGCAAGAAUUGUAUGCUGUCUUCAUACUGUACUGUGGGGCUUGUUAAAGGGCUCAGUAGUGUUUCACAUUUGUAAUAAAAAUUUAUAUGUACAAAGCAUUAAAUUUAGAAUACAACUGCUGUAUUGGCAAAUAGAGAUAA